UCUUGUUCUAUGGUUUUUUUUCUUAUUAAGUGUAUUUUUUGUUUGCGAAGUGAUCAUAUCAGAUUGGUGUUUUUACAAUUCCAUAAAAUGAUUUCCUGAACUGUAAAGUGUUGUUAAAGGCUUUUGUCUGAUAAUUAUGUGCAAUUUUAUUUUGUUUAUGAGGUUAUAUUUCACUUUUGUGAAAUGAAUGCUGGUGAAUUUGAAUUUAGACCUCCGCCUGAGGCCCCAGUCUACGAACCCACAGCCGAAGAGUUUAAAGAUCCGCUAGCCUACAUAGCUAAAAUCAGACCUGAAGCUGAACAGAGAGGCAUUUGUAAAAUCAAACCUCCUCCAGAAUGGCAACCACCAUUUGCAGUAGAUGUAGACAACUUCAGAUUUACUCCUCGAAUGCAGAGGCUAAAUGAAUUGGAAGCAACAACAAGGAUCAAGUUGAAUUUCUUAGAUCAGAUUGCGAAGUUCUGGGAGCUACAAGGCUCUUCACUAAGAAUUCCAAAUGUGGAAAGAAAAGCUUUGGAUCUCUUUACUUUGUAUAGGGUGGUUCAAGAAGAAGGUGGAAUGGAUAUCGUAUCACGUGAAAGAAGAUGGUCACGUAUAGCCACUAGAAUGGGCUAUCCUCCUGGACGAGGUGUUGGGUCACUAUUACGACAGCAUUAUGAGCGUAUAUUGUACCCAUAUGAUGUGUUUCAAAGUGGUGCAAGUCUCAAUGACAUAAGCCUUAAUGAGGAUUCUGAUGAUUCCGACAAACGAGAUAAGGAUUACAUCCCUCAUGGAAUACCAUCCAGACAGGCCAUCAGACCGCCUGCUGAUCGUUAUGCUCGACGAUCUAAGAGAUGUGGCAAAGAUAGUGAUGAAAACAUAGAUGGCAUUGACUAUUCCACUAAUAAUGAGCUAAAAAAACUGCAAUUUUAUGGUGCUGGUCCAAAAAUGCCUGGUUAUCAUUCUCAAGGAAAAUAUGAUUUUGAAGAGGAAUCAAAGUUUUUAAAAGAAAAUCACAUUGAAUGUUUGAAAGACCUUAAAAUGGGCCUUGGGGCAAAAGAUCUCAAAAUGGGAUUUGGCAAUAAAUUAUCAGGGAAUUUCCUGAAAGAAACAAGAACAAUGAGUGCCGUUGAAGCCGCAAAAUUAGGUGCCAUCUUGAAGCGGAAAGAUAGGCCUAAAGGAAAGAUGCCGAUCGAUCAAAUAGUGUGCAAUAUUUGCAAUCGAGGAGAUGAAGAAGCUAGUAUGUUGCUGUGUGAUGGAUGUGAUGAUAGCUAUCAUACCUUUUGUCUGAUCCCACCUCUUAAUGAAAUACCUAAAGGAGAUUGGCGAUGUCCACGCUGUGUUGCUCAAGAAGUUUGUAAACCACAGGAAGCAUUUGGUUUUGAGCAAGCCCAAAGAGAAUAUACUUUACAGGAGUUUGGUCUGAAAGCUGAUGAAUUCAAAACUAACUAUUUUAACAUGCCUGUGCAUCGAGUGCCGUUUGCUCUGGUAGAGAAAGAGUUUUGGCGUAUAGUCAAUGCCGUUGAUGAAGAUGUCACUGUGGAAUACGGUGCCGAUCUUCACACGAUUGAUCAUGGUUCCGGGUUUCCGAGUAAAAAAACAAAAACUCUGCUUCCAGGAGAUGAGGAAUAUGUCACUUCUGGUUGGAAUUUGAAUAAUCUUCCAGUUCUUGAAGGCUCAGUUUUGAAACACAUCAAUGCAGAUAUCUCAGGAAUGAAAAUACCAUGGACGUAUGUUGGCAUGUGCUUUGCAACAUUUUGUUGGCAUAAUGAAGAUCACUGGAGUUAUUCAAUCAAUUAUCUUCACUGGGGUGAACCAAAGACAUGGUAUGGAGUUCCAGGAGGUGCUGCAGAAUGCUUCGAAGAUGCAAUGAGAUCUGUAGCUCCAGAAUUGUUUGACACUCAACCAGAUUUAUUGCAUCAACUUGUUACUAUAAUGAAUCCAAACCUUUUAGAGAAUUUGGGUGUCCCAAUUGUAAGAACUAAUCAACAAGCUGGAGAAUUUGUAAUAACUUUUCCAAGGUCUUAUCAUGCUGGAUUUAAUCAAGGAUACAAUUUUGCAGAAGCAGUUAAUUUUGCCCCUGCUGAUUGGCUUCCUAUCGGUAGAGUUUGUGUGUCACAUUAUGGAAUGCUGCACCGCUUCUGUGUCUUUUCUCAUGAUGAACUAAUUUGUAAGAUGGCCUCUGACCCUGAUCGACUAGAUAUCAGCAUUGCAGCUUCUACCUAUCAAGAUAUGCUAAGAAUGGUUGAAUCAGAAAAAGAGUUAAGAAAAUCAUUGUUAGAAUGGGGUGUAGCUCAAGCUAAUCGAGAAGUAUUUGAAUUAAUUGCUGAUGAUGAACGGCAGUGUGAAUAUUGCAAAACGACUUGCUUUCUGUCUGCUGUGACUUGUUCGUGUAGCAACAAUAAACUUGUUUGCAUUCCCCAUAAGGAUAAGUUGUGUCGUUGUCCUCCGGAUAAACAUUGCUUACUGUAUCGUUACACUCUAGAUGAAUUGCCUACUAUGUUGCAUCGACUAAAAGUUAGAGCUGAAUCAUUUGAUACUUGGUCUACCAAAGUAAAAAAUGCCCUGAAUGCACCUCUUAAAAGUAAAUUAAGUCUUACUGAGUUCAAAGAGUUCAUUCAAGAAGCAGAAGAAAAAAGGUUUCCCCCUGCUGACUUGCUUAAUGAACUCAUUAAACUAGUAGAAGAAGCUGAACAGUGUUCAUGCAACGCUCAAAAGGUUCUUAGCAAGCAAACUCCCCGGAAAAGGGCUGUCAAACAGACUGUUGAUUAUUCUGGUUCCAGUUUGAUCUCACAUAAAGAGUUACAAAUUCUUUGUCAUCAAAUUCAAACCCUUCCAUGUGAAAUUAAAGAGGCGUUCUUAAUAAAGGAUUUGUUGGAUAGAACAAUUACUUUUCGAUCUGAUGCUUCUGAACUUAUCAAUGAAGAGAUAUCAGAUUCUCGUAAGCUCGAAAAAUAUCUUGAAAUUGGUCUGAAUCUGCAUUUAAAUUUAGCUGAAAUACCUCAGUUAAAACAGAAACUUCAACAGAGCAGGUGGUUGGAAGAAGUACGAGCAUCUUUAAUUCACCCUGAUUUGGUAACACUUGAAGUUCUCAAAAAACUUUUGGAGAAAGGCAUCAAUAUACCACCUCACUGCACUGUAGAAAAAGUUCUGGCAGAAUUACAAGAACUUCUUACAAUGGGUGAACGAUGGGAAGAAAAAGCAAAACUUUGUCUGCAGGCUAGACCUAAACAUCCACUUGCUGUGCUAGAAUCAGUUUUAGGAGAAGCAGGUAGUGUUUCUGUUUACUUACCUAAUGUUCUUCAAUUAACUGAUGCUGUGAAGAAAGCUAAGGAUUGGAUAGCAAAAGUUCAAGCUGUACAGAGUGGUGCUCACAAUCCAUAUCUUGAAGUAUUGGAAUAUUUGGUGACAAAAGGCAGACCUAUUCCUAUUCACUUGGAACAACUGUCUCAAAUUGAAGCACAUGUAGAAGCUGCUAAAGCAUGGAGAGAGAAAACUGCUCGUACUUUUUUGAAAAAGAAUUCAUGCUAUAAUUUAAUAGAAGUUUUGUCACCAAGGAAGGAUAUAGGAGCACCGCCAGCUGUAAGAGGUAAAAAGAAGAAAUCAAGGGAAAGUGAAGAUGGCUUUGGUGGUGAUGAUUCCAUGAGUUUAGAUGAAAAAUUUGAGGAAGCAAAAGAUCCUGCCACAAUUGUUGCAAACUUUAAGGAAGCAGAGAGAUUGGAAAUAGAAGCUAUGAUGCAGUUACGCGCGAAAAAUAUUCGAGCACGUUUAGAGGAUAGUGUAGAUUCUCGCUACUGUAUUUGUCACAAGCCUUUAACUAAUAAUAUGUUGCAGUGUGAAUUAUGUAAAGAUUGGUUCCACAUGAAUUGCAUUCCUCUACCAAAGUCCGCUUCUGCAAAAAAACAGUCCUCUGGAAUGUCUUCAACAGCUUUAGCACAACUAGCAAAAGAAGUUAAAUUCUUAUGUCCGUUAUGUUUGAGAUCACGUCGACCACGUUUGGAAACAAUUUUAUCACUUUUAGUUUCUUUGCAAAAGUUGCCAGUCAGACUUCCAGAAGGAGAAGCAUUGCAGUGUUUGACUGAAAGAGGCAUGUCUUGGCAGGACCGUGCUAGACAAGCCCUUGCAACUGAUGAACUAGCAGCUGCUUUAGCUAAGCUAUCAUUGAUCUCUCAGCGAAUAGUUGAACAAGCUGCUCGAGAAAAGACUGAGAAAAUCAUCUGCACAGAAUUAAGAAAAGCAGCUAGCAAUCCAGAGUUGAAACCUCAUCUUCAAAAUGUAGCUCAUACUGCUUUUGGUGGUUUGAAGAUUGAUGAAUUAAGUAAAUGGAGUGGCAAUGUUCCUUGUCCACAAACUUCCCAAGAGUCCUAUUUACCUACACACUCAGAAGGAUCUGAAGAUAACAUACCUGUUGUGGCUGCAGUGCAAGAGGUUCCAUCAGGGGAAUCAUCCUCUAAUGUAGAAGUAGAUCCAAAUGUUGGCAUUGCUGCUGAUGCUGCAUGUACUAGAGAUGGAAGUAAUGCAUCAGAUACCGAUGUUCCUGCUAACUAUAACAUGGAACAUGCAUACUCAACUGCCUCUAAAGCAGCUGCAGCAACUACUCCACGCAAACAUGCUCGAAAGUCUCCUUUGGUAACAAGACAAAUGGAAUCCCCUGUAUUACAGCUGUCAGAUGCUGCAAAGAAUCAGCUGGAACAUCUAAUGAUGGAAGGUGAUCUUUUAGAAAUGUCUCUUGAUGAAACUCAGCAUAUUUGGAGCAUUUUGCAGGCUACAAAAUUGGGCCGUGACUCCUUUUCAAUGUCACCAUUUUCUGACGUAGAGGAUAACACAAACAAUGUUAGAUUUAAAACUGAAAAAAAGAAAAUAAAAAAGAGAAAGUUAGAUGACACUAAAGGAAAUCUCAUGAAAUCAAAGAUUGCUAAAACAAAGAGUAGGCUAAAAAUUCAACUGAAAGAAAACAAACAGAAGAAAAAGAAACUUCGUUUGGGAGGGAAAAUAUUUGGUCCUCAUGAGUCGCAUUCUUCUGCAUCGACAGGAUCUGCUGCUGAUGGUAACAUAAAGCACAAAAAACUGAAAUCAAAAAUGGAUUUCAAAGAUGCCAGAAGGGAAGGUACUUUUCAUUUCAAGAAAGAAAUGAAAGAUGGUACCAUCAAAACAGUGAAAAUGAGGUCAAAAAUAUUUGACAAAAGUGUACAGAAAAAGAUAAGGAAGCCCAAUACAAAAGGCAGAGUAGAAAGGAAAGUCCAUUCUGGAAAAGGAGAAUCUCGAGAAAACGAACCUGAUGAUAGAUGCUCUGCAUCUAACUGUCUUCGUCCAACUGGAGAUGCUGUUAACUGGGUACAAUGUGAUGGUGGCUGUGAGCAGUGGUUUCAUUUGUUGUGUGUAGGCUUGGACAUGAAGGAUGUGAGUGAAUCUGAAGAUUAUAUCUGCUUGAAUUGUGGUGGCCGAAACCACAGCUUUAAAGAGGAAGGUUCUUGCUUAGAUAUCUCAACUGAGUCACAGCAACACAGCAAGGGUUCAUUCUCAAACUCUGAAGUCAUGAUCGACUUUGAAAGCGCCUCAGAAGUUGCUGUUUCAGUUUUGGCAGGAUUUGCCAAAAACUCUUUUGCUGCAGAACGGAUGUCCAAUCAAAUGGAUAGCACAUCAAAAGAAUCCACUGAUUACUUAUAAUUUGUUUAGGCUCUCUCUGUAAGAAACAGUUCGAUUGUCCACACUACUUCAUGACUGUCUUUGUACAAAUUUCAACAUCCUUCAUCUUUGCAAAAUGGCAAGUGAAUCAUAACUUGUUUUAUCACACAUAAAAACUCAGAUAAGUUCUGAAUUUGUAUGUAUAAUGAGAUUGAGUUAUGGGAUAUGGAAAGUACUUUAAACAUUUGCAUUCACUGUAAAAUCUUUUUUUUUAAAUUAAAAUGUUUGUAUUUGAUAUUUUAAAAGAUAAAAUCAUCUUCAUGUGGCUCAUUCUAAAUAUUUAUUUGACUGUAUAUAAUAUUCAUAUUAAAUAUUAAAAAUUCUUUUAAAACUUCACAUCACACUGUUAUAUUACAAUUUAUUUUAACUGAUGAAACUAAUAAGCAAAGCUGAUGAUUGCAGAUCUUCCUUUCAUUUUUCGUGUUUACCUUUUAAGUUGAUAAAAAAUCUAUCAAAAAGAAAGAAAAAAAAUAGAGAUAGAAAAUUGUGUGUUUUCACAAAAACUGGUAUAAUCAAUGAAGCUUAAAAGAGAAAUUUUGUUUUUAAACUGUGUUAAAUGUACGGUUAUUUAAUAAAAGCAUAUAUAAAUAAUAUAGUUUUAAUAAAAAAUUAUCAUGACACUUAUUUUGUUUGUGUCUUGAAAGCUAAAAUUUUAUAUACAUGCGUUGUUGUACAUCUACAAAACACAUGUUUUUUAAGAAAUAUUUUCAUCAUAACACACAGUGUAAUAGAUUGUCUUUUUGAAAUUACAGAAAGUCCUUUUCAUGAAUAGUGUAUCAUGUCACUUGCAUGUAUGUGUUUCAACAUUAACCAGAACAUCUUUAUGUACUGUAAAUUGCAUCCAUUGUGUGAUUUAAAAUACUUUCCUAUAUUCCCAAGUAUGUAAGAAUAGAAAACUUCUAAAGAGUGAUGCAGUUAACUCUCUGUAAUUUGCAACUCUCAUCUCUUGAUAUGUUGUGAUAUAAUUCAAAAAAGCAGUUUCGAUAAACACGCUUAAAAAAAAAAAGAAAUCAGUAUUGCAAAAAAGAACAUUUAAGUUUAAUUUUAAUUGGUUAGGCAUAAAGUUUCUAUCCCUACUAGCAUCCUUACUGCUAUUAUUAUACAUUUAGUAUUUUCAGUUGCAAGUAUAUGAACAUGAAAGCUUGUGCUCAGUUAUUAAAGCAUUGUUUUAUGAAGUUUCGUACUGAUAAGAUAAGGAACAUUUUAUUUAAAAAAAAAUCAGAUUUAUUACUUUCUUUUUAAUCUGUUUAAUCUAAUUUUUUUACUACAGUACUACACUCUUCUAGGUGUGCACAUUUAAUUGUCCUGAGAAGAUCAAGAUUGUAUUCCAUUUUACAUCAGGCAUCAGCACAACCAGGAUUUACCUUCUGGGGUGUGGGACUUUUGUCAUAUGUCCUAACAUGUGUAUUAGUAUUGGCAUUAUGUAGUGAAACCAAGAGUUCUGAAGGGUUGACACCACCCUUUGCAGCACCUCUAGCGCCUGGCAUUAGAUCAUAUCUGUUGUUACUGACAGGGCCAGAUUAAGGUAUGGGGCACCAGCCUAGAGCACCAACAGUUGGGGGGCACCAAAUGUGUAGGUAAAAUAUUGAUUUUGGACUCAUUCCAUAUCGCACUAUUAUUAUGGCAAGAUGUAAGUAUUAAAUCUAGAAAAAAAAAUCCCUGUAAAAAUUUAAUCUUUUCCACAAAUUCCAAAUCACUCCAAGUUUGUUCUAUAUUUACAACACUAUUAAAAUUUAUUCCAUAGAUAAUUUUUAUAUUAAUGGGUUUACUGCAAUGGGCAAAGUUUGACAAAAUCUUCUAUUAUCAUGUUUAGUUAUCUUAAUGCUAUGUCACUUCUAUUUUUUUAAUAAUGCUUAGGGAAAAGAGGGAGCAUGUGAACAUGGUAUGUUUUAAUAGGAUAACAUCAAGCAAAAAAUCCUGAAACUUUCUCUAGAAAUGAUGUCAAAACUUUGAGAUUAGAAUCAAAGUUUAGGAAAAUAUGUAUGAAUAUAAAAUAGUUUUUUUUUUAAAUAAAUUUUCUUUAUCAGUGCAACACUAUCAACACUAUUCAUUAAUUGCAUACAUUCUGCACCAUUAAGCACUAUGCUUAAUUAUUCUGUAAAUUACUGAGAGCUACUUGCAUUUAUUUUCUUUGUAAAUUUCUGAUCUUACUAGAAACCUGAAAAAACCUUCAUUAUAUAAAUCUUCCUGAUGUCAUAUUUGCAUUUCUACCAUUACUAUUUUUGAUGCAUAAUUGUAUAUUUUUUCAAUAUUACUUUACAAUAGUUUUCUUUUUGUACUUUUUGCAUACCUGUGAUAAGUUGGAAAUUUAAAGAAUAGGACUUUUGACAAAAUAUGAUAGAUGAAAUCCUUUGUUUUCUAGUUUAGUAGAAAAAAG